GGCGGGGGUUGGACGCACAUUAGGGUUUUGAAUACAGCAUUAAUCUACGAAUUCCAUCAUGGCAGCGACAUUAAUGCGUUCCCUAGUAAAGAAGAGGGUUCCUCUUCAGGUGGGACGUCUGUGCUACUCGUCCUCCUCUGUGGUCGUCAACUGAUGUUCAGUAGUGCUCCAUGAGCCUUCAACUUGUACACAAUGUAAACAUCACAUGAAACUUUGCCUCCUCAUUUCUGAAGACCACUGCACACUACCGCCUCGUACUGAACCUUGCACUGGACUAUGACUGACUCAGACCUGACAGCGACACACAUCACUCAUUCAUUCCAGACCUUUAUCUCCCUCUUACAAAAGGAAUAACACCAAUGUUGUCUUGUUUAAAGCCCACCACCAAGUUGUUCAUUGAUGGAAAGUUUGUGGAAUCCAAGAGUCCAGAAUGGUUGGACAUUCACAAUCCUGCCACCAACGAGGUCAUUGGUCGAGUGCCAAAGGCCACGCAUGAGGAGAUGUUGGCCGCCGUGGACUCGUGCUCACGGGCGUACCAAUCAUGGUCCGAAACCUCCAUCCUCGCCCGCCAGCAGAUCUUCCUUCGCUACCAGCAGCUCAUUAAAGACAAUAUUAAAGAGCUGGCCAAGCUGAUAACCCUGGAGCAGGGAAAAACCCUGGCCGAUGCUGAGGGUGAUGUGUUCAGAGGACUGCAGGUGGUGGAGCACACCUGUAGCAUCACAUCCCUUAUGCUGGGUGAGACCCUCCCCUCCAUCACUAAAGACAUGGACACAUACACGUACCGGUUGCCCAUUGGCGUAUGCGCCGGCAUCGCCCCUUUCAAUUUCCCUGCCAUGAUUCCACUCUGGAUGUUCCCAAUGGGCAUGGUGUGCGGGAACACUUAUUUACUGAAGCCCUCAGAGAGAGUGCCUGGCUGCACCAUGCUGCUGGCCAAGCUGCUGCAGGACGCCGGUGCUCCGGAUGGAACGUUAAACAUAAUCCACGGACAGCACAACGCUGUGAACUUCGUCUGUGACCAUCCUGCCAUCAAAGCCAUCAGUUUUGUAGGCUCCAACCAGGCUGGCGAGUACAUCUAUGAGAGAGGCUCCAAAAAUGGCAAAAGGGUGCAGAGCAACAUGGGGGCGAAGAAUCACGGCGUGGUGAUGCCCGAUGCCAACAAAGAGAACACAUUAAACCAGUUGGUUGGUGCUGCUUUUGGAGCAGCGGGUCAGAGAUGUAUGGCACUUUCCACCGCCGUCCUUAUAGGAGAAGCACGGAACUGGUUGCCUGAACUGGUUGAACGUGCAAAGGGUCUCCGUGUCAAUGCAGGUGACCAGCCCGGAGCUGAUGUGGGACCCCUCAUCUCGCCUCAGGCCAAAGAGCGAGUCAACAGCCUUAUUCAGAGCGGCGUGGACGAGGGUGCCAAGGUGCUGCUUGACGGCAGGAACGUGAAGGUCAAGGGUUAUGAAAACGGCAACUUUGUAGGACCAACCAUCAUUAGCAAUGUUACGCCGGACAUGAAGUGCUAUAAGGAGGAGAUAUUUGGCCCUGUGCUGGUGGUCCUGGAGGCAGACAGCUUGGACGAUGCCAUCAAAAUAGUCAACAAGAACCCAUAUGGAAACGGAACCGCCAUCUUCACCACCAACGGCGCAGCAGCACGGAAAUACACUCAUGAAGUCGAUGUUGGUCAGAUCGGAGUCAAUGUACCAAUCCCCGUCCCACUGCCCAUGUUUUCAUUCACCGGUUCCAGAGGCUCCUUCAGGGGCGACACCAAUUUCUAUGGAAAGCAAGGCAUUCAGUUCUACACACAGAUCAAAACUAUUACCUCACAGUGGAAGGCAGAAGAUGCUACCCUAAAGUCCCCCGCUGUUACCAUGCCAACAAUGGGACGUUAAGUAUUAAUCACUUGUAUAAAUCCUCAAAAUCUUCACUACUUUUAACUACUGUACAGACGGAUAUUUUCAAACAUACUGUCGUAUGUAGUUAAAUAAUUCUGAAAAUGUGAAUUUUUUUUUUUCUUUCACGAGUUGAAAAAGCGAAAUUAACGAAUCACGAAUUGCUUUAGACCACGGUGUGGAAAAAAUCUGUCAGAUGGUUUGGCGUGAUCUUACCCUGAUAUAGCUGAGGUUUCUUUUUCAGAAGAUAAUGACUCCGUUAAUGACCACCUGCAUUAACUCUGCAAAAAACAAACUCUUCUGAACUGUCCAAGUAGCAUACUGUCUUGUUAAAUAUGAAUGUCUAUAUAAAUAUGCAACAUUUGUGAACUGUUGUCGGAUAGAAGAUUGUUUUGGGCUGUUUGCCUCAAUAAACAAGAUGGUUACAGUUUUA